UGUGUUCAGGUCAUUUGGAUUUUCCUGAGGUUGAACUUUCUCCCAAAGACGGCAAACUUCACGUCCAGUUCAGCAACCCUCUUCAGCUGUACAGAAACUCACCGGCUCUGCGCGGCCUCAACGAUAAUCUGGAAUACUGUAUCGAAACAGAAGAAGGGAGGAAUGAAGCCUGUGAAAGCUGUGAGAUGAAGCAAAAUACAUGCGAGACGUCCGUUGUGUUUUCUGAGCACAGAGGCGAAUACUGCGUCAAUCUGACUGGAAACAUCGGACAGAGAUUUUUCAAGCUGAGAAGCAGCUGUUUCACUGGAGACAUAAGAAGCUAUCCUCCGGUCACCAUGUAUGUGUAUCCAUUGCUGGGAGUCCUUUUAACGCUGCUGUUCAUAACUGGCAUCAUUAUGCUGCUAGUGACAAAGUGCAACUCAGAAAUGAAGGAGAGAGUUCUCCCUAUGUUCCAGUAUUUUUCUGAUUUCAGUAAAACACACGAGGACGAGUGCAGAACUCUGAAAGUGGAGCCAGAGCCUAUCAGCGUUGUGAAGAUCGAACCAGCCGAGGACAAUAAAGAACAAGCCCCGUUACUAAAGAUGAGCGAUGAGGAACGGCCCUCCGAUACCAAAGAUCUGGGAAGUGGUGACUCGGAAGUUAAAAGCCCCUACGGGCCUAAUGACCUUGUUGAAAGUGAGCAGAGCAACCAGUCGGGUUUUUACGACUGCCCACAUGCUCCCAGACAACAGGAGAUGAGUCCCGGAGAUAUGGUAGAGAGUUACGCAGCCUCACUGUUUUCAGAGGUACAGAAGUGAAGGAAAGUACCAUAAAGACAGCAAAAUCCCCGUACCUGUGGCCAGGAUGUGUUUUGGGAACAUGAUGUGGGAUGGGACUGAUGGUACAAAUACAAGCCCUCGCAUGACAUCAUGAAAUGGAAUUCGCCCAGGUUUUCCGGUUUGUGGCACAAUGGGAAAACGUGUUUGGCAUUUGUCUUCAUCACGGCACUCCUUUUAUUUGAACCGAAACUCCUCAUACACUAAUUCAGGGUUUUUUCUUUUAUUCUUAUUAUUUUGAGCAUUUUUUUUGUUCGUUACUACUUAUAUUUUACUACAUACUGUAGUAUUAUCUUCUAUUCGGACAGAGUCUUAUCCUGUGGCCUUAGAACAAAGUUUUACAAUAUCUUUUACAAGUGCUGCUCAGGUCAUGUGACUCAAUCCAUUGUAUUAAUGCGGUGUUCUCGCCCGCCUCAUCGGAUUUGGAAAUGGAUCCUUGCAUGGCUUUGUUGAGUUGAUUACAGAAAAACACUUUAUUAUUACAAUAAUUACCCUCUAUAUUUAUCUACCCUCUGUAUCUGAGCUCUCGCUUUGUGGUUUAUUAUUUUAAGUCGUUUGGGACGCGGUAACACGGCCCUCUCACAAUAUAUUGCUUUACAGAUGUAUCACUCUUGCCGCUCAGAAAUGUUUACGCAAUCAUGCUGCAUGUCUCAUAACAUGUCAUUCUGCGCUUACACUCACUGAUCUAUAUAUAACUGAACCAAGCCAGGGACGGCUAAACGAACGCACUAGUCAAACGAA